AUGCCCUCAGCCAGAAUACCCUCCGAGUUUGAUGAGCUUCGCGCCCUACUCCUAACAUCUGAAGUCUUCGAACCAGGCCAACAGGAAUACAAGACUCAGAGUCUACCAUGGAGCCGCCACGCAGAGCAAAAUCCAAAACUAGUCGUCCAGCCCACAACCCUUGAGCGUCUACAGGAAGUAGUAAAGUUUCUCUACAUUUCCGACCUUGACUUCGCCAUCCGCAAUACAGGGACCGGGUCUGUCUCAGCGUCGGAUGUGCUAGUAAGUAUGCACGGUUUCAAAUCCUUCGCCUUCGACGAGGCUUCCGAAAGCAUUAUAGUAGGCGCAGGUCUGGACUGGGGCGAAGUCGACAAACUGAUGGAGAUUCAAGCUCUCGGAUAUGCAGCCGUAGGAGCCCGGUGUCCUUGGGUAGGCGUGACAGGCUCCACGCUUGUGGGUGGAUUGAGUUGGUUGAGUCAUCAGUAUGGUAUGAUCUCUGAUCCGCAGAAUCUACUUGAUGCGCAAGUCGUGUUGGGUGAUGGGAAGCUGGUCUGGGCUGCGAAGGAUGAGGAGGAUCUGAUGUGGGCUUUGCGUGGCGGUGGUGGAAACUUUGGCGUCGUGACCGCACUGAAGUUCAGAGUACGUCCAUAUCCGGAGAAAAUCUUCGGUGGCAUCCUGUUUAUACCCUACUCGUCCCUCCACGAAGUCUCCAAAGGCGUUGCAGCCAUGGCAGCCCGAACGGCCGACCCACGAAUAGCAAUGCAUGUAAUGAACCAAGGACCAGGCAUGGGAAUGCCAGACCAAGGUUCGAAGCCAAAUAUAGCGCUGAUGCUGUUUGAUGCUCAUGGUGAAACACACGCCCGGUCAGAAUCUGGUUUCGCCUGGGCAUUCAGUACUACCGGUGCUCAGGAAAUCUCGGCUGGUAUAAUGUCAUUGCAGCAGAUGCAUGCUCUGACCGAGACAUUUCGUGACUAUCAAGGUGGGAAUAUCUUCUGGUUGACAGCGCCGUUGUUGGAAGGUAAAUUGGAUGACAUGGCAUUGGUAAGAGUAUGGAAAUGGUAUGAGGAUACUAUCAAGUCAUAUCCCGGCUUUGGAGAUGGAUCUACAGUGCUCUUGGAGUUUAUGCAAGAGAACGCCUUCAACUCCUCACCCUCUCGCACCUCAACAGCCUGGCCCCACAGCGGCCAUAGACACGUAAUGCAAGUAGUAGUUGGCUGCAAGACCUCUGGUAGUUCCAUCCCAGACAUCAAGGAAAAGGCCCAUGCACGUCUCGCGGCGGUGAUGCCGGAGGUGGCUGGCGAUAAAGCAACGAAGGAGUACCAUGCAGGCUUCUUGAACGAAUUCAAUCAUGUUAGUGAAGUGUAUGGGGAGAACUAUGAGAGGUUAAGGGAGGUGAAGAAGAGGUAUGACCCACAGAACAGAUUUAAUCGAGGGGUUGAUCUGGUGGCAGGGAAGGUGACCGAGGACAUGACCGUAUGA